AUGCCCCCCAAGCGAAAAAGGUCUGCUGCUGCAGUAGCAGCGGUUGCUACAACAGAAGAGACGCCUCUUGUGGAUCGAUCACAGAUGCGCCGAACAGAUGUGCCUUUGCCUACAAACGUCGCGAAGCCACCACGCCGCCAAACGACGCGUGGGGGAAAGACUGAAAAGACGGAUCCUAAUCUCAACCCUGACAUUGUCGAUGGUGUCACCGCAUUACGGGCAUCGCCUGACGCAGAAGAAGGCGCAGAUGCUGUUCUGGAAUCUGCCGUGAGCAACGGUAUUGCGACUGAGGCCGAUACUGCACCAGAUGCAACUACGAAAGACAAUGCGCUUCCACCACCUGCCACAACCGGUGAUGCGCCCGUAGCAAAUGGCGCCCCUGCAGCGAACGCUGCAAAGAACAAGCGAAAGAAGGCCAGCGCGCAGCAAAUCAAAGUGGAAGAGGAUGACACCAACACAAGCGCCGUAAAUAGUGUUGCUGCAAAGACCACGGCUCCUGCAGCCAACACCAGGAUAUCUGGCGAUCCCGACGACGUUGAUAACCUAGAGGCUGAAGACGAGGAUGAGGCAGAGGUCAAGGAAGCCCUGUCAAGACCCCCACCGGUCAAUUCUGAAUACCUUCCUCUUCCAUGGAAAGGACGGCUUGGCUACGCCUGUCUCAAUACGUACCUCCGUAGUGCUACCCCUCCCGUCUUCAGCUCGAGAACCUGUCGUAUCGCGAGCAUCAUCGAACAUCGCCAUCCCCUGAAGGACCCCUCACAGCCCGAGCAUGCCACUAAAAACCGCCCCGAUAAGGAACAACCAGCGGAUGUCGCGCGAGGAAUGAAAUAUGUGGAAGAGAUAGGCCUUGCUAAUGCGCGGGAUAUUAUCAAAAUGGUGCGCUGGAACGACAAGUACGGCAUCAAGUUCAUGCGCCUGAGUAGCGAGAUGUUUCCAUUCGCAAGCCAUGACGAGUAUGGCUACAAGCUUGAGCCUUUUGCUGGCAAAACAUUGCGUGAAGUAGGCAAAGUGAUCGGUGAGUUGGGUCAUCGAGUGACUACCCAUCCAGGACAAUUCACUCAGCUGGGAUCGCCGCGAAAGCAAGUCAUCGACAACGCAGUGCGCGAUCUGGAGUACCAUGACGAGAUGCUUUCUCUGUUAAAGCUUCCAGAGCAGCAGAAUCGCGAUGCCGUCAUGAUUCUACAUCUCGGUGGUGCAUAUGGCGACAAGCCGGCGGCCAUUGAAAGGUUCAAGGAGAAUUAUGCAAAGCUUCCCCAGAGCGUCAAGAAUCGUCUGGUGCUCGAGAACGACGAUGUUGUGUGGUCAGUACACGAGCUGUUGCCUCUAUGUGAGGAGCUCAACAUCCCAUUCGUGCUCGACUACCACCAUCACAACAUCAUCUUCGAUGCAGAUCAAAUCCGUGAAGGUACCAAAGACAUCAUGGAACUCUACCCACGAAUUCUCGCGACAUGGGAGAAAAAGGGAAUCACACCUAAGAUGCAUUACUCUGAACCGACACCUGCUGCGAUCACUAAGACAACGCGGAGAAAGCAUUCACCUCGUGUCAUGACAUUCCCUCCUUGCCCUGAUACCAUGGACUUGAUGAUCGAGGCAAAGGACAAGGAGCAGGCCGUAUUUGAGCUUAUGCGUACUUUCAAGCUUCCGGGCUUUCAUACUUUCAACGACAUCCUGCCACAUACACGUCAAGAUGAGAACAGGCCAUGGAAGCCCAAGCCUAAGAAAGCUGUAAAGAAGAGUAAGAAGAAGAAGACUGACGAAUUGGACGAGCUGGAUGCGAAGCUAGAAGAGGAAGAGCCAGAGGACGUGCCCCCGCCUAUCGUACCUGACGAGGAAGUGGGCAUGGGAGGGCCAGAGGGAAGAGUGUACUGGCCUCCAGGUAUGGAGGACUGGCUCAGACCCCCAAAACGCAUCGUCAAGAAGAAAGAAGACGGCGCUGCUACGCCAGCGAAGAAGAAGCGCAAGACCGCCGCUGACGCGGCGUCUGUAGCAAGUGAAGCUGCUCCACUUGAGGAUGUCAAGACGCCCAUCAAAACACCAGCCAAGAAGGCGGCACCGGCUAAGCGAGGAGCAGCAAGUUCGACUAAGAAGAAGGCAGCAGUCAAGUCCGUGCCAACACCUUCGGCUUCCGAUGAAGAGGAAGAUCAGCUUAGCUCACCCCCACUUAGCGAUGUAGGGAGCGAGGACGAGGCUCCUGUUGUGCAGAAGCGAAAUGCACGGCCUGCUGCGACACGGAAGAAGUCUGGAAGGGCUACGGCCCAGGUUAGCUACAAGGAAGAAGCAGACGAAAUGAGCAUGUAG